AUGUGGGCCAUCAUAGCACUCUUAGUGUUAUACCUUUUCUAUUUACUAAAUUCCAAACUUGGAAGACCGCGUCUCUAUCCUCCAGGACCAACACCAUUACCAAUUUUUGGAAACUUGUUGUCUGUCGCUUUUAACUUAAGGUCUAAGAUUCCUCAUCACGUGUUAUGGCGGUCUUGGGCCCACAUCUACGGCAACAUUCUUGGUCUGAAGCUAGGCUUCAUCAACGUAGUGAUCGUAUCUGGGAAGGAAUUGAUCAAAGAAGUGUCCACACGUGAAGUGUUUGAUGGUCGACCCGAUGGAUUCUUCUUUUUGAUGAGAUCGUUCGGUAAAAAGCUCGGAAUAGUCUUCAACGACGGCUCGUCUUGGUCCAAGACAAGGCGCAUAGUACUAAAAUAUUUGAAAAGCUUUGGAUAUAACUCGCGUUUCAUGGAGAAUUACAUUGGUGAGGAGUGUAGAGCACUCGUUAAGCUAAGGAUGAGCGACGCCGGACAACCGAUACUAGUGAACAACAUGUUCAAUAUCACUAUCGUGAACAUAUUGUGGAGACUCGUCGCUGGGAAAAGAUACGAUUUAGAAGACAAGAAGCUUAAAACAUUAUGCGACUUGAUAAUGAGGUUGUUUCGGGCUGUGGACAUGAGCGGUGGCAUUCUGAACUUUAUGCCAUUUAUGAGGCAUGUUCUACCAGGUCCAUCAGGGUAUACAGAACUGACAUCCAUUCACAAGGCUCUUCACGACUUUCUGAGGGAAACCAUACAAGAACACCAACAAAGCAUCGACGUCAACAACCCCCGGGACGUCAUAGACGCCUUUCUCAUCGAGAAAAUGGAAUCUAAAGAUCAAUUCUUUACAGAUGAGGAACUACAAGUGGUCUGCCUGGACUUGCUGGAGGCUGGUAUGGAAACUGUGUCCAACACAGCUGUGUUCAUGCUCCUCCACAUUGUUUGCAAUUAUGAUGUGCAGAGAAAAUUACACCAUGAAAUCGAUGAUGUCAUCGGCCCUCUACGACCUCCUGCGCUUAGUGACCGAACAAGUAUGGUGUACACCGAGGCAGUGCUUUUGGAGUCAUUGCGGAUAUCAAGCGUAGCGGCUAUGGGCAUACCGCACAUGGCACUAGACGACGCAAGACUUGGCGAUUAUAUUAUACCCAAGGGCACAUUCGUACUCCUAUCAAUGUUCGACCUUCACAACAGUCCUCAUUGGAAGGACCCUGAUGAGUUUCGGCCAGAGCGGUUCAUCACUAAAGACGGGAAUUUAAUACAAGAUGAGUCACUAAUGCCGUUUGGAACAGGAAGAAGACGUUGUAUAGGCGAAGGGCUGGCGCGGUCCGAACUUUUCAUGUUUAUCACGCAUAUCCUGCAAAAGUUCUAUUUGAAGAUACCAGAUGGCGACACUGUGCCGUCCCUAGAGCCCAACGAUGGCCUUUCACUGUCUGCCAAACCUUUCAGAAUAGUAUUUGAAAGUCGAAAUAACUUAUAA